CAGGGGCGCAGAUAUAGGAGAGCCAGAGGGCGCCGCGCCACCUCCGCGCUGGGUAGCAGUAGGGCAGCCGGAGGGGCAGCGACAUCUGCGGGCGGGCAGCCGACGCUUCCUGGCGGCGCGGGGCCGAGGGGGUGGCCCGGAGGACUCGGGCCGCGGCGAGGCUGGAGGGCCUCACUGCCCGUGGGCAGACGGCCGGCUCGCCAGACGCCCCAGAGCCCAGGUCCCCAGCGCAUGGCCCCAAGCCGCGGACUGGAGAAGAAGCGACGCCCCUGGCGGCGUGCUCACAUGCAUCCCCCCGCGCGGGUGGCUCGGCGACGUCUGUGAAUCUUGGGUUUAUCAAGUCACGUCGAGCGACUCGGAGAACCUGUUCUUCCCGCUGGGGAGAGUGAUCAUUCUCGUUGCCACUUGCCUGUAGAAAGUUACUCCAACACGUUUGAUCAUCCGUCCAGAACUGUCUUGAGUUCUUCUUGAAUUGCCAGUUUUCAGCCUCCUCAUGCCUCCGUCUCCUUUAGACGACAGGGUAGUGGUGGCACUGUCUAGGCCUGUACGACCUCAGGAUCUCAACCUUUGUUUAGACUCUAGCUACCUUGGCUCUGCCACCCCUGGCAGUACCAGCCACCCUCCUGUCAUCGCCACCACCGUUGUGUCCCUAAAGGCUGCGAAUCUGACGUAUAUGCCCUCAUCCAGCGGCUCUGCCCGCUCCCUGAAUUGUGGAUGCAGCAGUGCCAGCUGCUGCACUGUGGCAACCUACGACAAGGACAAUCAGGCCCCAACCCAAGCCGUUGCCGCCGGCACCACCACCACCACCACCAUUGGAAGCUCUACCACCUGCCCGGCCAACCAGAUGGUCAACAACAGUGAGAACGCAGGCUCUCUAAGUCCAUCAGGUGGGGUGGGCAGCCCUGUGUCAGGGACCCCCAAGCAGCUAGCCAGCAUCAAAAUAAUCUACCCCAAUGACUUGGCAAAGAAGAUGACCAAAUGCAGCAAGAGUCACCUGCCGAGCCAGGGCCCCGUCAUCAUUGACUGCCGGCCCUUCAUGGAGUACAACAAGAGUCACAUCCAAGGAGCUGUCCACAUUAACUGUGCCGAUAAGAUCAGCCGGCGGAGACUACAGCAGGGCAAGAUCACUGUCUUAGACUUGAUUUCCUGUAGGGAAGGCAAAGACUCUUUCAAGAGGAUCUUUUCCAAAGAAAUUAUAGUUUAUGAUGAGAAUACCAAUGAGCCGAGCCGAGUGAUGCCCUCCCAGCCACUGCACGUAGUUCUCGAGUCCCUGAAGAGAGAAGGCAAAGAACCUCUGGUGUUGAAAGGUGGACUUAGCAGUUUUAAGCAGAACCAUGAAAACCUCUGUGACAACUCCCUCCAGCUCCAAGAGUGCCGGGAAGUGGGGAGCGGUGCGUCCGCGGCCUCGAGCAUGCUACCUCAGUCCAUCCCCAGCACCCCCGACAUCGAGAAUGCAGAGCUGACGCCCAUCUUGCCCUUCCUGUUCCUCGGCAACGAACAGGAUGCCCAGGACCUGGAUGUGAUGCAGCGGCUGAACAUUGGCUACGUCAUCAACGUCACCACUCACCUACCCCUGUACCACUACGAGAAAGGCCUGUUCAACUACAAGCGGCUGCCGGCGACCGACAGCAACAAGCAGAACCUGAGGCAGUACUUUGAAGAGGCUUUUGAGUUCAUUGAGGAAGCUCACCAGUGUGGGAAGGGGCUGCUCAUCCACUGCCAGGCUGGGGUGUCCCGCUCUGCCACCAUUGUCAUCGCUUACUUGAUGAAGCAUACGCGGAUGACCAUGACUGAUGCUUAUAAAUUUGUCAAAGGCAAACGACCAAUUAUUUCCCCAAACCUUAACUUCAUGGGGCAGUUGCUGGAGUUUGAGGAAGACCUAAACAACGGUGUGACACCACGAAUCCUUACGCCAAAGCUGAUGGGUGUGGAGACGGUUGUGUGACAAUAGUCUGGCUGGAAAGGAUGACUGUUCUCCAUUAGGAGACGAAGAGGAAGGAGGAUGGAUUCUUUCUUUUCUUUUUUUCUGUCUUUUUUUUUUUUUUAGAUGGGGUAAAGUUUGUGAAUGGAAACAAACUUGUUUAAAACUUUUUAUUUUUAACAAGUGUGAGAAGAAUUUAACUUUUGAUGCCGUUGAGAUUUACUUCCCGCCAACUGACAAAGCAGGGAGGCUAAAGACGUAAUUUUUUUAAGUCAACAAUAAAAAUGUAACAAAAUUUGUUUCUUCCCCUUUUCCUUUUAAGCUAUUUGUAGAGUUUACGAUUAACUAGUCUGUGCAGGUUCAUAGACCGAAGAUACUACACUUUAAACCAAUUAAAAAGAACCCAAAGUACGUAGAAAAGACGUUGAAUCAUGAAGACCUGGGAUCUGCCUGGGCUGUCCUUACGAAAACAAAAAACCCAACCAAACCAAGCCCUGCUGUGCUCACUGGUGCAAAGAGAUGAUCAGGGCAGCUUAAGUGGUCUAAGAACCCUUCACAUUCUUUAAAGAGACAAAGGAUACUGUUGAUUUUGUGUGUUUCGUACUCUGGAUUACUUUUUCCCCCUCUCUGGGUUUAAGAGAUUUUUUGAAAUAGCAAGGAACUGACCAUUAUACCAUAUGCCUUCACUGGCUUCUUGUGCAAUAAUAUGGUGUUUUGAGUGUGCAAGUGAGUUAGAGCUGGCAGCUGAAUGAUAGACAAAUAGUGCAAAGUUGCCAGCUUGGAGCUGGAAAGGAAUUAAACAAAACCAAUUACUUUUCUUUCCCACCUUUUUCCUUUGUUUAACUUUUUUUUUUGAUUUGAUUCUGGUUACAGUGCCAUAAACCUUGUUACAUAUGUAUAUCAGAAUGUAAAAAAAAAAAAGACAAAAAUUUAUUUAAAAAUAUUUUUCUCAAAAAAAACUUGGUGUGUUUCUGUUGAUUGUGUAAAAAUUUAUUUUCAUUAUAUAAAUGAAACUCAUUUGGAGAUGUGUCGUUUUUCCUCCUCUUUUUUCUCAGUUCAGGUUCAAGCAUCUCAUAGCUCCAGGAACUUGUACGUGUAACAUAAUUGGAAAUAAACACACAUGUUUAUAAAGGGAAAGAGAGAUGAGGGAGAGACAAUAGUCUCUGGCCUUAGUGUGAAGCACAGAGAAUUAGCAAGGGAGUAAAAAAAUGCUCCAGUCUGCCUAAUCAUAAUCUCCUCUAUUGCCACAGCCCUACCAUCCACUUCUGCCAAAGUAAUUCCUCUUACAAAGCGGAAGCUUCAGGUAACCUCCUUAAAGGCGUGAGAAGGUUCUAUAUCAGCCUUUGAGCCUUGGUGAUUAGGUCACUGCCAGAUAGAUUGGUUAGAAUUCUGUGAUCUCCCCAGUGGCUCUUUGAUAAGUAUUUAUGACAAUCUAACAGCUACGGGUAUUGACACCUCCCUCCCGCACUGUCAUUUGCUCACUCAACAUCUUUGGUAACAUUAACCACAUAGUGUACACUGCAACACGUUGCUACUUCCUACUUUUUUGCUAGCAAACUGAGCUCAGAUUCCUAAGUUCAGCUUCCCCAUCACGCUUGGCUAAUACACAGCUAGUGUUCCAUGGGCUCCCAGUCCACAGCAGAGUAAGAGUGGGGUAGGGGAAGAACAUGAUUCAAACGUUUUCUAUGUUUUAUUAAAAUAGAUGCCUCCAGGGAUUUGGCCAUAGGGAAGAUUCACAGCAAAUUAAGAUUUGCCUGAGGUGAGAAAGUAGAAUUCUGGCAUUUUCAAUUCUACGGGACUACAUUUGGACAUACUGUUCUUGUGAAUAUGUGCUGAUAAGUGUUAUAAUGAAAUAUUUUUGACAUUUUAAAAAUAGCUUUUCUAUUAGAAGUGAUUUAACUUUUUCUUUUAUUAGAAAAGUAGAGACUGACGUUAAUAGGAAUUAACUGAGAGCUGUCUUGAAUGAUUUUGGUUUACUACAAAGUGUUAGGAUGAAAAGUAAAUUUCUCUUAUGGUGCUUUCUACUCUGCAAACUAACAAUUUUCUUGGUGCUAGAACAUAUUUAAGGAGAGGGGU